ACGACGAUUGUGGUAUUUAGAUUCCGGUGAUGGUAAAAAGGCUCUCUUUCGUGUAAUUAUUUUGCUGAUUUAGGAGGCCAUGUAUUUAGUGACCGCGGUACGAUGACUGCGCGAUAAACGACGAUAACUUAUUUGUGGAAAAAUGAUUCCGCUCACCGCAGCGGUAACGUAACCGCAAUCGUGCUGUACAGAUAUAUGGCGCAGCGCGCUUAAUUGCUGCGUGGUUUUACGGUUGCUAGUGUCAGGACCCGGAAUCCAUAUUCUGUUCCCUAAAAUGAUAAUGCAUUACUCUGUAUUCUGGAAUACGGUCAUCCCUUUUUUUUGGCUAAUUGGCAUUUUACUGAUUACACAAGGAUCAGAAGCCCGCUUAAGAGGAGGCUACAGCUCAAUAAGCCGGAGCAGUAAUGCUAAUUUUCGGAGGAGAUAUUCUCAAGGUUAUAGUUCCGAUGCCUGCGUGGAUAGAUAUGCUAGGUGUCCAGCCUGGAUGCGCAGUGGUGACUGCACUGCAAACUCCGUCUUCAUGUUCGUGAACUGCCGGAAAUCCUGCGGUCUGUGCACGCAGCAAGCGGCAACAGCAAUAUUCGCACAAGAAAAACGACUGAAAUCCACACUGCUAUCGGGAUAUGAUCCGUUGUCCAGGCCAAUUGAGAAUUUCACGGAUAGCAUUGACGUCAGCCUUUCUUUCAGUUUGCUGCACCUGCUGUCGGUGGAUGAAAUUAAACAGUCUUUCACCGUUCAAGGACAUCUUAAAUUGAAAUGGCGGGAUUCUCGACUAACCUGGGAUCCCUCAUUAUUUUCUGAAAUCCCCUUGGUGUCCAUGCCAGCCAGCAAGAUCUGGCAUCCAGGCAUCACAGUGGUCAACACAGCAAUCGCGAGUGAGCAAUUUCUUCUCCCGGGCAAUCCUACACCGGUUAUGAUUCGCAACACCGGCACUAUCGUAUGGACACCGCGCGUGGAGAUUACCGCAUUAUGUAACAUGGACGUCAAAGACUUUCCUGCAGAUGUCCACAACUGCUCGGUGAUCUUUGGACCAUGGCUACAAGACAGUGCGUCCGUUAACAUUUCGAUCUGGGAUCUGGAUGAUGAUGGAGAAGAUUACAACGGAUUAUUAACUGCAAUGUCAUUGCCUAAUCAAAACUGGGGUCUUCUUAGUGCUGACUUGAAAUUCGAAGAAGACUACUUUAACCCGUGCUGUUCAGAGCCGUGGCCAGUUAUUCAUGCCGAAUUUGUAUUCCAGAGGCACAUUCCAGCAGUACGAGUUACCGUGUUCACCGUAUUGAUAUACGUCAUGAUAACACUGUUAGCGCCUUUUCUUCUACCCAUUCGGUCUUUACUACGCUUUGUCUUUGCCAGUGGUGAUUGCGGGAUACUUUUAUUUUUCCUCCUACACCUAUCACGUCUCAUACCCAAUUCUUCAUCAACAAUCCCUUUGAUCGUUCAACUAACUAUUGCCCUAAUCAUGGAAAACAUACUGAUCCUUUUGAUCUGUGUUAUAUUAUACCAUCUAUCAUCGCCCUUAAAAAGCAAGAUGUCGCUAAGACUGCCGGCACACAGUAUUAAAUGGAAUUUCCUGAAAGUACUCAUAGCCCGAAUUCCCAAAAAAGUCCCCUUAUCACGAAAGAAUUCCACAUAUAACCGGUUAAAAGAACCUAGACAGGAUUUAGUGGACAUGCUACUAGCGCAACCCGGUGAUGAUAUUGAAGAAGAUCAAGAAAGCGGAGAGUGCAGAGACAAGUUUGCUGAAAAUGCUCACGAUUCCGGCAACAUUAAUGGAAUUAUAAAUAUAGCGGAAACUGAUGGAAAUCGCUCAGAGUCGGUUACCUCGAAUUCGAAGGAAAAAGUGGAAUGUAAUGUGGACGUUGUGAAAGUGUUUAAUCGGCUCGCGUUCGUAAUUUUUGCACUGAUGUUUACGAUUCAAACCUGUGUACUUUUUGCCUUGUAGUUAUUUAGAAUGGAUUUUAAUUUUUUAAGCAGUUAACCCAAAAGACAGGAUUGACAAGGAUCUGCGUCGGCUUUUGUUAGAAAUGGCGUGACGCUGUUCUAACGGUUAUAAGCGACAAGUUUAAAGAUUGCUGUCUCUUGGUUUAAUUGCUGUUGAUGAUUUAACAAGAUUUUUAAUCGCUCGAUAAAUUGGUUUAGAGCUAUGACUGAUUUACUUACUGUCCUUCAUGAUCAGUGGAAAUUGUUAAAUAUCGCAGUUCUUAUUCAACAUAUGCACAAUAUUAUUUUCAUGUUUUGGAUAAAUGUACAGUUUACCCGACCUUUGUGUGUAUGUAGCAGCCAUUUGGUUCGAGUAAAUACACCGCGCGCA